AUGGGCAUGAAAAGUAGAGGAAUCUUGCGGAUUUUAGUUUUUGCCGUUUUAAUACUUUUGAUAGAAUGCGAUAACAGUUUCAUGAAGAAUGCUAAGAUUAGCACGCGGAUCGUCCAAACGAGGUACGGGCGAUUGCAGGGACUUAUAGUGCCGAUGGACGGUCACAGAUACUUAAAACCAAUUGAAGUGUUCUUGGGGGUACCCUACGCUACUCCUCCGGUGCAGUCAAAUAGGUUUAGUCCGACCAGGACGCCCAGCCCUUGGGACGGGAUACGAGUUUCUGACAAGAUGGGCCCUGUUUGCCCUCAGAAACUUCCAGAUAUUUCAAAUGAAACGGCGGCCCUUGAAAAGAUGCCGAGGGGAAGGUUGGAGUACCUGAAGAGGCUGCUACCUUACUUGCAGAAUCAGAGCGAAGACUGCCUCUACUUAAAUAUUUACACUCCAGCACAAGGUAAGUUUGUUGCACGCCAUUGUCUUUGA